UUUGAGCAGACAACCGUGUUGGCCACGUGAAAAUCGUGCUUUCUUGUGCGUCGCAUUAAAAUGGGUCGGAAAAUCCCAGGAAAAAAGCACAAAGGUGUAAAAGAUCCUUUCAAACAACAGGCAAAACGUCAAGCAGAGUUAGAAACAAAGAUAAAUGCACCGCCAAAAGACACGGACGAACAAGCGGUACCAAAAAGUUUAGAAAAAGUAGUAAAGUUAAAGGAGAAAGUGAAAUCAGGGAAAAUAACUAAGACAAAGAAAAAGAAAAAGAAGAAAAAUGCUCUCAUAUCUGUCGGAGAAAAUUAUUCGAAGCGUCUACAUCCAAAGGCUAGACCAGAGAAAGUUGUCCCUAUGUUUCAACAGAGGCCUGGGGAAAGCGAGGAAGAAUUUUUGUACAGAGUUAAUAGGGAUACGCAUGCUUUUAUUAAUGAGUCUGCUUUUGAGAGGAAAUACAGUGUUCAAGUCAAUCGAAAUCCAACCACAGGGGUUAUUGAAGGACUUUCAAAAUGUGAACAAACCGAAUUAGAUAAAAUUGAAAUGUUGAGGGCAAAGCAUAAAAAUAUUAAAAAGAAGAAGAAGAAGAAAGAUAUGGAUAAGCCUAAAAUGACUAAGGCUGAAAAGAAGAAGCAAAAAUUAAAGUUGAAAAAACAAAAACAAAUGGAGGAAAAGACGGACGACUUUGAUAGCUUUAAGGAUGAAGUUCAAUUUGGAGAAGUUGUUCAUGAACCACCUCAAUUAAAAAUCAGACCAAGGAAUGCCAACACUAUAAGUACCUCCAAGCCUGGCAAAAAGGAACUUCUUCUUCAUUCUAUGCUACAGAAAGGGGAAAAAUCAAAAGCGAAUUCUAAGAAAUCAAUAUCCAUAAAUAAGUCAGGGAAACGCAAGAAUUUACCUAUUGGAGAAAGAAGACAAUUGGAGAAACAACAAAGUGAUGUCAUAGCAGCAUACAGAAUGUUGAAAGCACAACGGUCUGCUGGUGACAACUAGGGACCUCUGGAUCCCUCACACCUGGGGGCAAAUUAAGAGUGCCACGCAUGAUAGGUAGGAACAUGGGA